AUGUCUCUUGUGAAGGGUCGGUUCACAAUUAAGUCCAAAGAUGCGGGUGGAAAUGUAUUUGAGAAUGUCUCGCGUUUUGAGUGUGAGGAUAAAGAAGGAAAUUAUAAGAUUUUUGUGGAUAUCAACACGGACUUAUUUCCACUCGACACAAAAGACACCAUCGAGCUCGAGCUCACAACGAGUCUUAACUUCGAUAACUCGCCAAUGGACUUUAAAGAUGGGUAUACACCCGACUUUGGUGUAAACUCGAAAAUGGACAACUAUGAUUACGUGAUGCAUGGUAUCGUCUUCAAGUUCGUCGAGGACAAGAGCAACGAUAAGGUUUCUGUCAUAGCAUCUUUUGGCGGUUUAUUAUUUAUGGUAUACGCCAGCCAAUCACUUGUUUCUGGUAUUAACAUGGACGACCAAGUCUUUUUGUUGAUUUCCAAAGAAAAGUAA